AUGCGUUUGCUGUCAUAAUUAUUAGUCAAACACAAACAAUGAAUUUCAUAAUUUUCCCAUCAAUACGGUCCAACAGCCGGUUGGAGCGACGUUGGAGCGUUCGUAAACUUCGAAAGCGUUCAAACAUCCGCUCUUCCCGCACGCGCCGCUCGGGAAGAAUGCCCCACUCUUGGCCGGAGGAUGAGCUGGAUACAACGACAUAGCCUGGGGCACUGGGGUACUCCCAAGGGGGUCGCGGGUAGUGGAGGCACUCUGUGGAAAUGAAGCCGUCGCGCAUAAAGUGUGAAAUUGCUGGCAAUUCGCAGAGACGCUCCAUUCUCGGCGUUUCUCAGUCUUUGGAGGCUGUUUAGAGCCUGGACUAAUGGGAGAUGCCAGUGCACUCAGAGAAAUAGUUGGCACUAAGCUAUUUUGAAGAAUAUUGCAUAUACAUACAGCAGCUGAAUUA